AUGAGAUCAUGGGGCAGUAUUCGAUUUCCACAUCCAUUCGGUAGGUUGCCAAGUGUGAGAGAAAUACGACAAAUUGCUAUAGCGGCUGACACAGAAAUGAAAGGUCAACAAGGACAAACGCAGAAUUAUCCUAGUUAUGCAAACAAAAAUGCAGUUGAAAGAGAUUUGAACAAAGUAUACAGUAAUGAACAUAAUCAAAUGAACAGAGAAGGACAGAAUAAACGUACAAAUGAAUUCAGUGAUGAAGAAGUCAUGCAAAUAGACGGCGAAAGAUAUGAUGCAUCAAAUCAUACCACUCCAAAGCGUUAUCGAAAUGAUUCGAGAGGAUUUGGACAGUCACGAGGCGGACAGCAAUGUAUGCAACAACGACCACUACAGCAGCAACAACAGAAUAAUCGAGCUCAACAAAAACAGAGUCAGCAGUAUCAGUCAAAACCAUCAAAUGAACGAAACCUUAAUCCUCAAAGUGACGCACGUUUUGUACAGCCGUCACUGGCGCGUACGGACAACGUUGCCGACCAAAGAGAAAGACAGGACCAUGGAAACAAUGCUCAAUUUGAAAUUUCAACACAAGUUAUAAAAUUUGCUGUAGAACAACAAUAUGUUCCUAUCAAGCCCGUUUGUCAACCUAAAGUUUAA